UAUACAUAUAAAAGUAACAACAAAUGACAAAUACACUAAUAUUUAGUGCAGACGAUGUAAACAAAAAUGGCCAAUGUUUGCAGACGGAUUUGUUCUCGUCUUGGACAAAGAUUGGUGUUAAACCCAUCGUCUAGAAAUUUUGCCACAAGUCUAAGAUGUUUUGAUAAUAAGGAGCAUAUAUACACUUCUGAACACGAUGAACUUCGAGCUACGUUAAGAAAGAUUAUUGAUAAGGACAUCAAUCCUUAUGUAGAUGAAUGGGAAGCUGAGGGAAUUUUUCCAGCACAUAAAGUCUUCAAGACACUCGGAGAUGCUGGUAUUUUAGGUGUAUCAAAACCUACAGAAUAUGGAGGUCUGGGUUUGGAUUAUUCUUACAGCUGUGCUAUGGCAGAAGAAUUGGGUAACAUUAACUGUGGGGCUUUACCCAUGGCUAUAGGUGUCCAAAGUGAUAUGGCAACUCCUGCUUUGGCUAGAUUUGGAAGUGAUAAAUUAAAGAAAGAAUAUCUUGCACCUUCUAUUAGUGGUGAUUUAGUUGCAUGUCUUGGAGUUAGUGAAGUUGGCUCAGGAUCAGAUGUAGCAAGUCUUAAAACAACUGCUGUGAAGAAGAAUGGUGAUCUUAUUAUAAAUGGUGGUAAAAUGUGGACAACUAAUGGAACACAAGCAGACUGGAUGUGUCUGCUAGCUAAUACAUCAGAGGGCAAACCUCAUCAAAAUAAGUCUCUUAUUUGUUUACCAAUGAAUUUACCAGGUAUUACUAUUGCUAAAAAGAUAGACAAAAUGGGAAUGAGAAGUUCUGACACAGCACAGAUAUUUUUUGAAGAUGUUCGAGUUCCAGCAAGUCAUAUUAUUGGAGAUGAAGGGUUGGGUUUUACAUAUCAGAUGAUACAAUUCCAAGAAGAGAGAAUUUUUGCAACUGCUGCUGCUUUAGUACCUUUGGAUAAUGUAAUCAAACUGACUGCAGACUAUGCAAGAGAUAGGAAAGCCUUUGGUCAGUCCGUUUUAGACAAUCAGGUUGUUCACUUCACACUAGCAGAGCUAGCUACAGAAGUUGAAAGUCUCAGAUCUAUGUUGUACAGAGCUGUAGGUCAGUAUAUCCAGGGACAUGAUGUUACAAUGUUGGCAUCAAUGUGUAAGCUAAAGGCGGGUAGAUUAAGUCGUCAAACUACAGAUUCAUGUCUACAGUUCUGGGGAGGAAUGGGAUUUACAAAUGAAGUAUUAGUCAGUAGAUUAUAUAGAGAUUUUCGCUUGUUAUCUAUUGGAGGAGGUGCAGAUGAAGUUAUGUUAUCCAUUAUAUGUAAAUACAUGGACAUUCUUCCAAAACCACCAAAGAAGUAAUGAAGUCAAAUCAUUUUAUUUUUAGGGACUACUCUGUAUAUAAAGUUGAAACACUCUAUCUAAGAGCAGGCUUUUGGGUUCAGAGAGGGACUGUGAAAAAAGUAACUUAUUAUAUGUAUUCAUUCUCAACUUUUCCUCCUUUUGGAAGUUCAUUGUUAUUUAUCCUGUUACUCAAUAAAGUUUAGGGAGAGUUGGUUUUGGUCAUUCAGGGGGUAUCUCUAUUAUUCUGGAUUAAUUUCAGUAUAAAGGAUUGGAUUCAAGUGAAAAAAGUCACAGAAUAUAAAUAUAUGUCAGUUGGUUUAUGAUGAUAAUGACAGGUCAGUAAUAAAUUGGAUUGCUUUUAUGUGAAUAUAUUGUGGUAUGUGGUCAUGUGUCCAAAUUUUGGUUCGUGACAAUGUUUGUUAUAAAUUGGUCACCUUGGUCUGCAUUGAUGCAAGAAGCUUAAAGUUCCUAUCAUUAAUCAAGUUAAUAGGGUGUACCUGGCUGCCCUUUCUACAGAUGACCAGUGCACAUCUUGAACCCUACCAUAUUGGUGAUGGACAGGUAUAAGUUAACCUUCCUAAUCCACUCAGCCACUCUGUCCCCUAGCAGCAAAUGUAUCAUCAAUAAAGAAUAAAAGUUUCCAUAUUAUAUAAAUUUUUGGUAUCUCAUAUGAGUCUAUGACAUAAAUUGGUUUUUAUACGACCGCAAAAAAUUUUUGAGGUCCAAUAGUGGUAUGACGUUGGCGUCGUCGUCCGGCGUCGUCGUCGUCGUCUGAAGACACAUUGGUUUUCGCACUCUAACUUUAGUUGAAGUGAAUGGAUCUCUAUGAAAUUUCACCAUAAGGUUCAAUACCACAAAAGGAAGGUGGAAUUGAUUUUGGGGGUUAUUUUACCAACAGUUAAGGAAUUAGGGGACAAAAAGGGGCCAAAAAUAGCAUUUUUGUAACUUCCAGACAUAACUUGUGUGUUAGUUUAUGGAUCUCUCUGACAUUGUACCACAAGGUUCCAUAUCACAAAGGGAAUGCUGGGAUUGAUUUUGGGGGUAAUUGCCUCCAAAUUUUAGGAAGUAGGGGCCAAAAAGGGGCAAAAAACAAGCAUUUUUCUAGUUUCAUGACAAUAACUUGUGUGUAAGUGUAUGGAUCUUUAUAAAAUUGUACUACAAGGUUCCAUAUCACAAAGGGAAAGCUGGAAUUGAGUUUGGGGGUAAUUGCCCAAAAUGUUUAGGAAUAAGGGGCCAAAAAUAAGCAUUUUUUUAGUUUCCAGACAAUAACUUGUGUUCAAGUGUAUGGAUCUCUCUGAAAUUGUACUGCAAGGUACCAUACCACAAAGGGAAGGCUGGGAUUGAUUUUGGGGGUAAUUCCCUCAAAAUUUUAGGAAUUAGGGGCCAUAAAAGGGCAAAAAACCAAGCAUUUUUCUAGUUCAGGACAAUAACUUGUGUGUAAGUGUAUGGAUCUUUAUGAAAUUGUACUGCAAGGUUCCAUAUCACAAAGGGAAAGCUGGGUUUGAGUUUGGGGGUAAUUGCUCUAAAUGUUUAGGAAUUUGGGGCCAAAAAGGGGCCAAAAAACAAGCAUUUUUCUAGUUUCCUGACAAUAACUUGUGUUCAAGUGUAUGGAUCUCUCCGAAAUUGUACUGCAAGGUACCAUACCACAAAGGGAAGGCUGGGAUUGAGUUUUGGGGGGAUGAAUCAUAAGGGGGUUCAAAAAAUUUG